AUGUCUAUUUUCAAAGAGGCCAAAGGCCGAACGCUAUACCGCAUGAUGAGUAUAUCCUCUUCUCUUGCGUUCUGUAUGUAUGGAUUCGACUCCGGCGUUCUCGGUGGACUCCAAGAGACGGAUGCAUACUUGAAAGCACUACAGUACCCCAAGGGGUCGUAUAUCAUACCUAUGAUUGCUUCCUCCUACACCCUGGCAGCAGCGGUGGGCUCACUGACUGUGAUGAUGUUUGGAAUGGUGCUUGGACGCCGAUAUUGCAUUGUCAUUGGUAACUUUUGUGCCAUUAUCGGUGCAGUUCUCCAAGCAUCUUCUUGGUCUGUACCUCAGAUGAUUGUAGGGCGUGUGGGAUUCGGUCUGGGGGUACGUUUCAGUCUCAUCUUUCGCAUGACGCUAGGAGAAUCUGACCCGAGCUUCAAAGCCUUGGCCUGUACUGAUAUCUUUGGCUUGCGGGUCGAGAUGAGUAUAGAUUCAAAAGCGCGUGGACCAGAAGUCGCCAUUCAAUGCGCCGUCCUUAUCUCAGGCAUUGCGCUCGCGUAUUGGGUUGACUUUGGCUUCACCCGCAUGGACAAUCAAAUUUCCUGGAGAAUUCCUAUUGGUCUCCAGGCAGUUUUCGCUAUAAUAUCGGUCUAUGGAAUGCUCCUGCUCCCAGAUACACCCCGAUGGUAUUACGCGACAAACCGAAUAGAAGAGGGCGAUAAUGUUCUUGCCCGUCUACAUGGGCUACCGCUGGAUAACGAUCGAGUACAGGCGCAGAAAGAAGAAAUCCAAGCAUCGAUCAGACUUGAAGAAAGUGAAAAGUCCAAGUUCAACAUGAGUCUACUCCUGUGGGACACAACCGAUCUUCGAAUUGGGCGACGUAUUCGUAUCGCGUUUCUGAUAUUAUCAAUCAAGCAGAUGAUGGGAAUCAACAUGAUGGUCUACUACAGUCCUACAAUAUUUGCCCAAGUUGGCUUAUCGCCCUUCCUCUCGCAACUGCUCGCUGCAGUUAUGAUGACUAUCUACGCCUGUGGAACAUAUCUCCUGCCAAGCACUAUCGAGCGGUUGGGGCGCAGAUCUAUUCUCUUAUGGUCGGCGAUAGCUUGUACCAUCUUGAUGCUCAUAUUUGUCGUCAUGAUUGGAUUGGAGAAUCGCACCCUCGCCACCCAGUGGACAGCAGUCGCAGCUGUGAUCUCGUUCAUGUUUGUGUUUGGAUAUAGUUGGAUUGGCAUCACGUGGCUUUACACUGCUGAGAUCGCUCCUUUGAAGUACAGACAUGUUGGCGCCGCUGCCGGCGCAUUUGGAGAAUGGACUUUCUCCUUCAUCACCGUAUUCGGAGGUGGAACUGCAAUCACGAACGUUGGCUGGAAAAUCUAUAUCUGGCAGCUUCUGUCCUGCGCAACGGCUGUAGUCUUUAUAUACUUUAUGUGCCCUGAGACAAAUGGUAAGACGCUCGAGGAGAUUGAUCUCUUGUUCGCCGUUGAUUCUGUUCGGGACACCAUCCUUGCUGGUCAGAUUAUACACAAUCACAAGGGGGAAGCCACUAGUGAAAGGAUAGAGUGGGUGGCCUAG